AGCAGAAUUUGUCGCAUUAAAUCCUCCGCUGUUUACUUUUAAGAUUAAUAACAGGUAAAGACAUCUGUUUUGCAACUUUUAAAAGGUUACGAGUCAUUACAAGUAAGGUUUUUUGUUCAAUAAGAAAUUGUUUGAAUGUUUUUAUAACAUCGAAAUCCAAAGCUGUGUUUUCAAAUUAAUCAAUAAAGAAGAAAUAUUGAGGACUAAAAUAUUUUAAAUUUGAAGAACUCUGAUCGAAAUCUUUAUAGAAGGAAUGCGGUAAAAAAAAAAUCAAAAUUUAAUUUGGGAGAUAGAAUUCUGUUUAAUUGGGAUUAUCUUCACUAAAUUCAAUGGAAUAUCUGAAUUUCUAUAUUUAGUCAAAGAAUACAAUCUAAUGAAUGGUUAUCAAAUCAAGAGAUAUAAAUAUUUCAGUCUGAAGAAUGUAAUGUAAUAUAUAAAAAUGAAAAAUGUUAAUGCAUUGAGCUUUCCCUGAGAUGCAAAAUUUAAGCUUCGAAAAAACAUGAAGUAAUAUUUUUAAACUACAAGGAUUUAGCUAUCACCUGUUGAUAUCAGAGAAAAUUUAUGUGUACUCUGUGUGUGGUGUAGAAUUAAAUAUGAAAGAAGAACUAAAGAAACAUUCACCUGUUCCUCUGAAAGAGGAAACAUUUCAGUGUGAAAUAUGUGGAUUAAACUGUAGUAAUAGAAAAGCUUUUAAUAAUCAUUUAUUUUCCCAUUCUAAUUUCAAUCCCUAUAUAUGUGAAACUUGUGGUAAAGCAUUUAAACGAAAAUAUAAUUUAAAAGUACAUUCUAGCGUUCAUACAAAAGAAAGACCUUAUGUUUGUGAUAUCUGUCAUAAAGCAUUCAAAACAAGAAGUACAUUAAAGCAUCAUUUGAGUAUUCAUAUCAAAGAAACACCUUAUGUCUGUGCAGUUUGUAAUAAAGCCUUCUCUCGGAUGUCUAGCCUGAAGAUACAUUUACGCAUUCAUACAAGAGAACAGCCUUACGUUUGUGAAUUCUGUGGCAAAAAGUUUUCGCAAAGAAAUAUUUUAAAUUUACAUUUAAGAAUCCACACACGAGAAAAACCGUAUGUUUGUGAAAUUUGUCGUAAAGCGUUCACCCAAAGAGGCACUUUGGCGAAUCAUUUACGUGUUCAUUCGAAGGAAAAGCCUUAUGUCUGUGAAGUCUGUAAAAAGCCUUUCUCAUAUUUAUCUAACUUAAAAACACAUUUGCGCAUUCAUACGAAAGAACAACCUUAUGUUUGUGAAGUUUGUAGCAAAGCGUUCACCCAAAGAGGCGCUUUAGUGGAACAUUUACGUGUUCAUUCAAAGGAAAAGCCUUAUGUCUGUGAAAUUUGUGAAAAGACUUUCUCACAAUUAUCUAGUUUAAAAUCACAUUUGCGCAUUCAUACAAAAGAACAACCUUAUGUUUGUGAAGUUUGUAGUAAAGCAUUCACCGAAAGAGGUACGUUAACCAAACAUUUACGUAUUCAUUCAAAGGAAAAGCCUUAUGUUUGUGAAGUCUGUGAAAAGCCUUUCUCACAAUUAUCUAACUUAAGAAAACAUUUGCGCAUCCAUACAAAAGAACAACCUUAUGUUUGUGAAGUCUGUAAUAAGCCAUUUUCUCAAUUAUAUAAUUUAAAAACACAUUUGCUCAUUCAUAAAGAAGAAAAACCCUAUGCCUGUGAAAUAUGUGGCAAUAAAUUCAGUGAUAAAGCUAAUUUUGGAAGACAUUUACGUAUGCAUACAAAAGAAAAGCCCUAUGUCUGUGAAGUCUGUGGCAAAGCACACACCAGGAAAGGCUAUUUAAUAAAACAUUUACGUACCCAUCCACAAGAAGACAUUUAA